CAGAGACGACUCAACUCAACACUGACGGAGAGUCUUCCUAGCAAUGGAAGCCAUGGCGACGAGCCUUCGACUAGCCGUAGUUCUCUCUUUCUUCGCUUCUCUAUCAUUGGUCGUUAGAUCAUCGUCUCCGGAGCUUCAGAUCCUCACCGCUGAACGUCGAGUGGACCUGAGUUCUCACAUUGUUCGGACGUACUUGACAUUGAAGGUUGAAAAUACAGGGGAAGCUCCAGCUUCAGAAGUCCUUCUUUGUUUCCCACCACAACAAGCCGAGCAUCUAGCAGUUGUAAAAGCAGCAGCUGUUAUUGGAAAGAAGAAGAAGACAUCUUAUCAGUCUCUUGAGGUGGAGCUAGCUAACCGCCCCGAUGGACCAAAUGGAGCUAAAUACUACUCUAUAUCUUUGCUUAAGCCAUUAAACAAAGGUGGAUCUGUCUCUAUUGAAGUACUAUAUAUACUGACUCAUUCACUUGUACCUUUCCCAGCAGAGAUAAGCCAGUCCGAUUCUCAGCUAGUGUAUUAUCAUGACAGUGCUGUAGUACUGUCACCUUAUCUUAUUAAAGAACAAAUUACGAUUUUAAAGACCCCAAGUACUAAGGUUGAGUCCUUCACAAGAGUGGAACCAACUGAUCGCUAUGGUACAGAAAUAAAGUAUGGUCCAUAUGAGGAGAGCCCUCCAUAUUCAUACUCUCCCACAAUUGUUCAUUUUGAGAAUAACAAUGCAUUUGCUGUUGUUGAGGAGCUUGUACGUGAAAUUGAAAUUUCUCACUGGGGCAGUAUACAGAUUACAGAGCAUUAUAAGUUAAUGCAUGCUGGUGCUCAGCACAAAGGUGUUUUCUCAAGGGUUGACUACCAGUCUCGGCCAUCUUUGAGUGGUGUCUCAUCAUUCAAGCACCUCCUUGCCGAAUUACCCCCAAGAGUUCACUCAGUGUACUACAGGGAUAACAUAGGGAACAUUUCAUCCUCUCGCUUACGUACAAGUGCGAAGAAGUCCGAGCUCUUAAUUGAGCCACGAUACCCGUUAUUUGGAGGCUGGAAAGCCACCUUUGUCAUUGGAUAUGGGGUUCCAUUGAAUGAUUUUCUUUAUGAAUCCACUAAUGGUGAUCGCUACCUAAAUUAUAGUUUUGGGUGCCCUCUUGCUGAGACUGUUGUUGACAAGCUGACCAUCAAGGUGGUCCUGCCGGAGGGUUCCAAGAACCCAUCUGCUGUGGUUCCUUUUCCUUUUGAACAGAGAUUAGAGAAGAAGUACUCAUACCUUGAUGUUGUAGGAAGGACUGUGAUAGUCCUGGAAAAGAAAAAUGUAGUUCCUGAGCACAACAAUCCUUUCCAGGUUCACUACCAGUUCAAUAAAAUUUUCAUGCUUGCCGAGCCACUGAUGUUGACUGGUGCCUUUUUCCUCUUCUUCGUUGCUUGCACCACUUACCUGCAAAUGGAUCUCUCAAUUCGAAAAUUCAAGCAAACAUGACAGUAACGACUCUCAGGAGGCAACCUUGAUAGUAUGAUGUGCAGCCAAGAUUAUUAAGUGCAGUUGGAACUUCCACUAAUCAAGGUAGAAGAUGUUGUGAUUUGUGAAGUAGAUGAAUUUUUGGUCUCUCCAUCCCCUUGUAGAAUGAAACUCGAGAAAGUCCGCAAUUUGUUCACUAGAACGAGACAUUAUGAAAUUAUUACAUGUAUUUUGCAGUCAGGACAAAGAAUUGACAACCAAAAGCUCACUUUUCAACAUAAAUACAACAUCACUUAGGUUUGCAUAUUAACAAUUCCUUUUAUGUCAA